ACUCUGGAGGAGGAAAGUAAUCAGGGAGGGUCGUGAGACUUGGCAACAAGGGACCUCCCCCCGCCCCCAACUGCCUGUAUUUACCAAUAACAGGCGUCUGUUUCCCAGCACUGAACCGUCCUGGCACACGGACUCUCUGUCUGAGAAAAGAAAAACUCCCCUCUACCUCGACAAAAUAAAUGCCAAGAGCAACAACACAGGCGCCAUCAGACAAGGAUCACUCAGAAGUGGAGACGAACAGUCGGACAAACACGUAGAGAAAAACAACAAACGCGCGCGGACCGUCGCCGUUGCCUUUCUCAAUGCAUACCCUUUGUGCCCGGGGAACGAUGAAACCAGAGAUCAACGCCGCCGUCGGAUUUCUGUCAAGAUUUCUGAGGGUAAAAGGACACGUAAACGACCGACAGGUCCAAACGUUCAGCCAAAGCUUACAGGACAUUUUGGCAGAGCAAUAUAAGCACCACUGGUUCCCAGACAGACCCUGCAAGGGUUCAGGUUACCGCUGCAUUCGUAUCAACCACAAGAUGGACCCACUGGUGGGGCAGGCGGGCCAGCGCAUUGGCCUGACCAUCCAGCAACUCUACCUGCUGCUGCCCAGUGAGCUCACGCUGUGGGUGGACCCCUUCGAGGUGUCCUACCGCAUCGGCGAAGACGGCUCCAUCUGCGUCCUGUACGAGUCGCAGCCCUGCCCCCCAGGAAUGCCGGCAGCAGCCACCGCCAGCUCCCCCUCAGGAAACAGCGGGGCGAUGAGCCCCAUGGUGGACAGUCACAUCAGCUGCAAGGAGGAACUGAUGGUGCUGGGCAGAACCAGUCCCUCCAAAGCCUACAAUAUGAUGACUGUGUCCAGUUAAAGAGGCACGCCAUCACACCGGCCUACUUUUUUUCAGGGUCACACCGUGGCUGGUCACAUCAUAUGACCAGAUCAGGGUGAGCCUUUUUAAAGCUAAGAAUAUGAAAUGAAAUAGUGAAAGAAGAAAAAAGUAAAAGAAAAAAAAAAAACAGAGGAUGUGGCCUAUCGUCCAGGUGAUGGAAACCUCGUAGGUUUGAUAUUUUUUACCCUCUCUCCCCAUUAUCAUCUGUUCUGUUGUAUCAUUGGAUCAGCUGGGCACUCCGUUUUCCAGGAGAGGCUUUGUGGAAAUGGAACUGUUGGGGCAGCUAAACUCACCAACCAACCAACCAACCAGGAUCCCCUGUGGAGACAGGCUUUGCCUACCCUUACCCCCCCUCCUCCCGACUGUAAACAACAUGGUGAUCAGCUCCAUCUCUGAAGGGGCUAUCUUAGACUUUGCACUUUUCUUACUUGUGGUUACUAUGGGUACAUUCAACACACCGCCGCAAAAACACCAAAACCUAAAUUUUUACCAGGAACUAUCCCUUAAAUUUCAAAAUCCAGAAGUUCUGUCCUUUUUCAUUUGUUGUGUUUCCUGGGAUGGCGGCAGGGGUGGGGUGGAGGUUGAGGUUUAGACCUGGGUCUUUCACCAUCCAGGCUCAAGGUAAAGAAACACCCAAUGAGAGCAUCUCUAUUUUCUGUAAAAAAAAAACAAACAAACAAGCAAAAAAAAACCCCACCAUUUUUGGACCACUGGGAAUUAUUUUUCUUUAUCUUGUAGUUGGGGGGUUUUGGUCUAAACUCUUCCUCCUCUCCUCUUCUACCACCAACACCGAGCCUCAGAAAACCCUCAUCUCAACCUUCUCUCGGCCCGUAUGUAAGUGCAAGUGGAAUGUGUUGUGACACCUGUUACCUAUGGAUAUCAGUGUGUCCUGUUGCACUGUCGCCCUUCCAUCACGCAUGUGUGUGUAGCUUUUCGGGGGAGGGCAGGGGAUCCGUCUCCUCCCCCUCCCCUUAGUUAAUGAAUGUUGUUGAAAUUCACAAUCAAGUUCCCGUGUUGUUGAUUUUUUUUGCCCCCUUUUCCUUCCACCUUGUCAUAUCCUGCAUCACCAAAAUUCAAAGUGUAGCAAAGGAGGGGGCCUGUUUUACCCAAUCUUUUGGUCACGUGGCCCAGUUAGAGUUGACAUUGAAUGCACUUUGACGUUAGAUUGUGUGGGAUGUGUAAUUUUAGAGAAAAUCGCCUGCAUUCCAUCCAUUCGAAUGUCACCUUUUCACACCGUUUUUAUUGCCCUCCUGAUUUUUAGCUGUUUUGUGCAUACUGUAGCUCCCAUGUCUGUUAGAUCGGGAGUGUGCAACUCUGGAUUUCGAAACCCUCUUUUUUUUUUACACUGUAUUUGAACAUUUCAGAGCUGUAUGUGGAGAGUGGUUUUGGUGGUAUGUUAGAGACUUUCUGUCAUCCGUUCAUAUGGCACUGUUCGCUCUGGAAGGAUGCAGAGCUAAGCUGUUUCCCCCUCAGACACACACACAGAUGGUGUAUUGCAUUGCUGAUAGAGGAAGAGUUAGUCUGACAGGUCUGGACUAAGUGAUGGCUGGGUGAGACUUUGGCCAAAUGGAGGUCUGGAGCACCGACUGUUCAGAGAUCAACUUUGACUUGAAUUCAAAAACACCAGGCCUCAUCAGCCUUCUAUUUUCAUUUGCAUUAGCUAUUCCCAAGGUCAGGGGAGAGAGUUAUCCUUAUGUGUGCAUUGGAGGUGCAUUGCCUUGCGGAGACCUCAUUGUCAUGAAUUAUGAGCCAUUCGUGAUUUUAAACUAAUAUCAGGCUUAUGUGAGCCAGCCUGGUUCACUAUGCUGCCUGGACCCUCAUUGGAGGUGUCCCUUUUCCAACCUGGCAGCUUCAAAUCCUCCCCCUCACCUCCUGCUGGUGUAGGGGGGGUUAGAGUGCCUCAAGUGCCACAUAUCACCCCUCAGCUCAGACCUCCUGUUCAGCCAAAAGCAAGCCAGCAUGCUGCUAGCUGACCCCCUGUGGAUGCAGGUAGACUUAAUGUGACACAUAUCAUCAUCCAUCACCGUGGGGAGCUGGGUAAGGAAGGCAGGGACGGGGAGCUGGUGUGAGAGAGGGGGGGCCAGGGCCGGACUCCUUUUUGUCCAGGGCAGCUAAAAUCCCUCCAGCCCCCCCUCUGGACUUAUUAAAACAUCCCCCACCCUGACCAGAAGCCCUCAACCCUCCCUCAGCAGUGAUGGAUAGAAAACAAACCAGCACACACGCUUGGCGUGCACAAGCUGCACUAGGGGGACUAGUGAGAGAUGAGGAAACAUGGAUCAAAGAUGAAGAAUUGAGGGUACUAGGCCAUUGUUUUCUGUUUUCAUCUCACUGGAUUGUGCUAAACUUGAUUACUGAGUUUGAGUAGCGACUUUGUUUACAUGCAUAUGAAAGGAUGUGAUGGCUGUCUGACGUACCCCCACUUCACCCCUGGUUCUGGGGCUGAGUAGUUAACGGCAUGCAGGAACAGAUGCAGGGACAGCUUCGGGUGUUGCUCGGGCCUUAGCCGCUGGCCAAAUCUGUCACUGGAUGCCGGUUCACCGCUCAUCACCAGCCCGGCGGGUGUUUAAGCUCCCCUAAGCCUGAGAGGAUCAUGGGUAAUAGAGCUAUAGCCUUUGACGCACUGCAAACCCCUAACCCCCCUCCCCUGCCCUCUGCUGAUACUCCCUUCAGCAAUCUGUGAAAAGCAGUGAUUCCAUGUUGGCCAGAUUGAAAGGAGCUCGCUGGGGUGGAAGCCCAGAGCUUUGGUUUCCAUGGUGGACACCAGUUUUAAAAUCACGCUGCUCCAUUAUAGCUUUUUUUUGUCAUGAAACAAGAUGUUAUGAGAUUGGUCUAUAUUUCAGAUGCGAGAUGAUCGUCUCGUCUCACUUUUUUCUCGAUCUAUUUUAUGGUCACACUAUUAGAUUUCUCAUCUUUCCACUCUGUCAUCCCCAUUUUCUCCUCUUCAUCCUCUUCCUAAGAGGAUUUUUAGUCUGGUGAUCUAACCCACUUUUAACAGUCCUUGUUUUUAGAGCUAGAAAAAUUCAAAAAAAGUAAACCCAAAUCCCAUUCGACACCAUCUCAACUGUACUACCAACACCAGAAGUGGUUCAAAUCCUCAGUAAUGUUGAAUAUUUCAAUGGCAUCCAUUCAGCUCGUGCGCACAUAGGUUACAGAAUUGUCGUGAGAGUGCUUUUAAGUAGUCAGAGGUAAAAUAGCACAUUAAAAUGCACUAAAUAUGUCAAGUUGAAGUUGUGACUUUUUUUUGAGACGUGAGGAGUCUCUCCUGGAAUGUAUUGCCAAACUCAGGCCUCAGACAUUCAAUAAAUACCCUUGUGGAAAAGUUGUGCAUGUUAAGACAUGAAGCAGGAAGGGAACAGCAGUUUUGUUGUUGUUGUUGUCAAAAUUGUCAUUGAUUAGUUGAAUUAUUGCCACUUUCACAUUUGAGGUGUUUUACAUAUUGUAGAAUGUAUUGUAACUGUACAACAAAUGGUAGAGUACAUAACAUUACACAUGGGAAGUGCCAAUAAUUGCUAUCCAGAGGUGUUUUUAGAUGUAUUCCUUUUUUGUAUUUCAUCUUUUAACAUGGAUAACGCUUUUCGUAAGUGAAGCCAUUUGUGAUGGGAGUGUUGGCAAGGACCAAAGUUGUUUUGGUAAAAAAAAAUAGUUUCCAUGAUCUGUAAGUGUAGACGUAUCCUUUGUUUUUUUUUUUGUUUGUUUUUUUCCCUUUUUCAUUUUUUUUCCUUUUUUUUCUAUUUACCUACAAAACCAGAAAAAUAGACAAAAAAAUCUGAGCUUACCCAAGAAGAAAAGCUGUCUAUCUUGUGAUUUCAUGUCAGUACAUCUUUAUCGUGUUCAGUUUCUUUUCCUUGGGUAUGUUGUGAUGAACUGCUGUAAAUUUGUACAGUUCAUGUAAAUUGAUUGUCUGGAAGUUGUACAGAUUUCUAUAUUUUGGAAGAAAAGUUUUUUUCUCUGUAAUAAAAGAUUUCCUAUCUUGGCAUCAUA